CCCAAAUCUAAAGUCCAACUCAAAUUAUAUUGGCUCUCCUAUAUAUUUCACCUAAACUUUCACAAAAUACACCCACCUCUGCCGGAAAAAAAAAGAAGAGCAAAACUCGAUCUUCCAAGCACUUAGCACUUGCAAUGGCUAUAAGGCUUCAAUUUGAGAAUUCAUGUGAAGUUGGUGUUUUUUCAAAACUAACCAAUACAUACUCUUUGGUUGCUAUUGGGGCUUCUGAAAACUUGUACAGCGUGUUUGAGGAUGCGUUACCUGAAAAUUUUCCAGUGAUCAAAACUUCCAUUGGAGGAACAAGGAUAAUUGGAAGACUCUGUGCUGGAAACAAAAAUGGGCUUCUUUUGCCUCACACUACUACAGAUCAAGAACUUUGGCACUUGAGGAAUAGUCUCCCGGACAGAGUAGUGGUUCAUCGCAUUGAAGAGCGGUUAUCUGCCCUUGGAAACUGCAUAGCAUGCAAUGAUUAUGUUUCUCUUGCACAUGUAGAUCUUGACAAGGAAACUGAAGAGAUGAUUGCUGAUGUUCUUGGUGUGGAAGUUUAUCGGCAUACAAUAGCAGAUAAUAUUCUUGUUGGAAGCUAUUGUGCUUUCUCAAACUUGGGAGGCUUGGUACAUCCUCAUGCAUCUAUUGAAGAGAUGACGGAGCUUGCAUAUCUCCUUGGUAUUCCUGUGACGGCAGGAACUGUGAACCGCGGUAGUGAAGUGAUAGCUGCUGGUAUGAUUGUCAACGACUGGGCAGCGUUUUGUGGGUCAGACACUACAGCAACAGAAGUGGCUGUUAUCGACAACCGUUUCAAGUUGCGGGGGGCUCAACCCAGUCUUAAUGAGAUCAGGAAAUCUGUGAUCGACAUGUACGUUUGAGUUAUUUUUGUAUACAUACUGAGUUUUGUGUGUUGAAUAUGCACCGACUGAUCUAUGGUUCAUCUUAGUCUGAGUUGCUAUUAGAGUUGUAACAAGUCACGAUGAAAUGACCUUUACAUAUUCCAAUGUUAUUGACUGCUAUCAUUAUAUUUUAAAUAUUCUAUCGAGACUUCAUAAUCAA